AUGGAUAAUACCUUCUUAACCUCUUCUCCUGUCCAAUACCAGAGAUACUAUUCCUAUAGGACAGAUAAGCCACGUUCAUUGACCCCUCCUCCUUUGCCACCAAAGCCUGUUGCAUUAAUGGGCGGUCUUGAGAGAUAUCCUAUGCGACGUAGUGCAAGUGCACCUGAAAUUUCGGCCUAUAGAUUUGAGAGAAGCCAUGUCUUGAUUGAUGCUGAGGAAUAUUUUAAUUCUGUUUGGGAGGCGGUGAGGAAUGAUGGUACUCCUGACGAUAAGAAGUUUUUAGAUAUUGUUCCUCGUGGUAAAACAUAUCAUUUCAUUAAUGGAAAACUAAUAGAAUCUAAUUAUGUGAGUAACCAAUUUUAUGUAGAAAAUAGGCAUAACAUUUAUUUUGCUACUACUUGGGCAGAAGCGAAGAGAAAUCAGUUAUAUGGACGAUUAUGUACUGUAGUAUACCUAGCUACUUUUAGAGUAUUAUAUCAGCAAGGCUAUGUAAUUAUUAGAGAUACAACUUGGUAUAACAUGUUGAAAUGGUUACAGAAUCCUGAAUUUUAUCUUAUUGAUAAAAAAUAUAACUUCGAGAACAUCAUCAGAAUUUCAGAUUGUGGGAAAUAUAGGGGUAAAUCGGUAGAAAUCGAAAGAAUAUGCAAUUCACUGCCAUUAAAAUUCCUAUACUAUAGUUAUAUUAAUAAAAAGGAUGUUACCAUAAAUUUCUCAGAUUUGGAUGAUAAUUGUGAGUUAGUGCGCAGAAUUUUCCAGAUCAGUCCUUGA